AUGGAAAAUCCCCGAGCAGAGAUUCAAGAUGUUGUCAGAUCGAUUACUGAACCCCAGGAUGCGGAAACCGUCUUGAAGAACAUCGACAAGUAUUUUACCGAGGAUGCAUUCAUACUUCAUCCAAUGGCGAAUCAACCAGAGAUGGCCAGAGGAAAGGAUAAUUUGAAAGCCAUAUACUACUUUUUCCGCAAGAUGAGCAAAGAGAACAAGAUUCAUUUCCACGCCGUUAUGUUCAGCGAAGACCUCACCCAAUGCGCAAUAGAACUCACCGAGGAUGUCAUGGACCCUACCUCUGUGUUGCUUCCAGGAUUUACAGUGAGACCUUUAUCGAUUCGGUUUUUGGUGCGAGUAGACCUUAGGCUGGAAGCUGAUGGAAAAUACCGAAUAUGGCGUCAACACGACAAUUUUGUUAGUGACCUAGGAAUGUCAGGCUUCAAGAUAUUUCCCGGAGCCGGCUUGAUCAGCGAUGUGAUCAAGGCUUCCGGGGCCUUGUUCACAAUUGCUCUGGGACGUUACUUUGCCGGGGAUGUGAUAACGCCGCAAAAAGAACGUCGGAUUGACUGA